AUGUACAAAAUUAGGAAAUCAGGAAAACCACAUGUGGUUUUCCUGACAGAUAUAUUAUGUAAAAAAUAUUUAGAUGGAGGAUAUGAAUUCGAGCAAACAAUUACUACUGAUACAGGAAAGCCAAAUAUUAAAAAUGAAAUAAUAGAACAUGCAUAUCAAGAAGGAAAAAUGAAGCAAAUUCAAAUAGAUAAUGAAAAUAUUAUUGAUUUUGAAAAAUAUUUACAAGUUAAUAUAAAAAAUCCAUAUAAACAAAAAUCGAUCAAACGGGUCACAAAAAUAGAUAAUAGUCAAUUUAACAAAGCUGUUAUGGGAAUAUUAGAAGGUGAAAAAUUAAAUAAGUUGCAUAAAGCUAAAUGGAUAGCAAAUGAAUUGAAAAAAGUUAAAGAAAAAGAUGAAAAAGAAAUAGGUAAAUGUUGCAUUCGAUUAUAUACAAUGAAAAGUUUUCUCUAUAAAUUGCUUAAUAGAGUAAUGAGAGAAGCUGAUUAUAUAAGUAGCAAUGGAUAUUUAAUGUUUGUAUCGGAAAGAGAUAAAAUCUAUGGUCGAACAUUCGGACCAUUUUGUUUGCUGUUAUAUCGAUAUCUUCGAGAUAAUCGUAAUAAUGAAAUUAGAACUGUCUGCGGUGGAGCAAUCUUCGAGAUAAUCGUGACAAUGAAAUUAGAACUGUCUACGGUGGAGCAAAUUUGA